AUGGUGGAUACCAGACUUUAUCAGAAAAGGGUUAAAGCAGAAGUUAAUUUGGAUUAUGGUGAAAGUGAAGAUGAUGAAAGUGAUAAUCACAGUGGUUAUAUUGAUGUUAACAAUGAUCAUGAUGAUAACAAUGAUCAUGAUGAUAACAAUGAUCAUGAUGAUAACAAUGAUCAUGAUGAUAAUGAUUUAGAAUUCGCGAUAUGA